CUCUCAAGUCACAGGACCUUUCUUCUCCCUCCCUUUCUGCAAACUGUUCCAGUUGUCAGUUGGCAGUAACAGCCAUCAGUGUUGCACUGCUUGCUCAGCGCUGCAAUUUCCUUUCGGCUCUCUCUUCGAGGAAGUGAAACCACUGUGAUGUAUUUUUACAUUUUGAGGUGCCAGAGCAAAAUGGAGCGCUGCAAGCAGGAGAGAAAGGUAGCUGAGAAGAGCUGCUGUUAUGGCGAGGGAGAAAACCCCAUAUUCACUCUGUGAUAGCUUCUGACAGUGUUUCAAAGCGCAUGAUAAAUUAAAGUGUGCGAUGGAUUUACUGGAAUAAAUAAGCCACAGGCAAGUCUUCACCUUGGGUGUUUUGCUUCUCUUUCUGCUGUCGGCAUUAACAACUGCAAUUACUUUAGAUGAACAAUGGCCACGGAUGUCUUCAACUCCAAAAGUCUGGCCAUUCAGGCCCAGAAGAAGAUCCUUGGAAAAAUGGUGUCCAAAUCAAUAGCAACUACUUUGAUCGAUGACACAAGCAGUGAUGUUUUAGAUGAGCUUUACAGAGUAACAAAGGAAUAUACACAAAAUAAAAAGGAAGCAGAGAAGAUCAUCAAAAACCUCAUUAAAAUAGUCCUCAAAUUGGCAAUUCUCUACAGGAACAACCAAUUUAAUCAGGAUGAAAUAGCGUUGAUGGAGAAAUUCAAGAAGAAGGUUCAUCAGCUGGCUAAGACCGUGGUCAGUUUCCAUCAGGUGGAUUAUACCUUUGACAGGAACUUUUUGUCCAAACUGUUAAAUGAUUGCAGAGAGCUACUUCAUGAAAUCAUUCAGCGUCACCUAACUGCAAAAUCACACGGACGUGUCAACAACGUGUUUGAUCACUUCUCUGAUUGUGAAUUUUUGGCUGCCUUGUACAAUCCCUUUGGACCUUAUAAACUACAUUUGCAGAAGCUUUGUGAUGGGGUCAACAAAAUGCUAGAUGAGGGGAACAUAUAAGUACUUGUAUUAGAGGUGACUGCCCAUGAAUUAUUUGUAGAUUGAACACUGUUGAUUUAUGAAGGAAUAAGAGAGCAUGUAAAGAGGGUUUUUUUACAUUAUGACAAGUAAUUCCAAAUAUCUUUAUUAAUUGAUUUCUUAUUACGAGCUAUCUGUUGCUAUUCACAGUCCAUCAAGAAGAAAGACUGUACAGGACUAUUUUUACUGUGUUUUGCCUAUGGAAACAGCUUGAUAAAGACAAACAGAAUGAUCCAAGUAGAGUAAGAGUCUUGCAAGAUAGAUACACAAACCAAAACAAUAUGCUGUCAGACAAUCGGCAUCUUUCAUAGAUUUAAGAAUUAAUUCUAAACUAUCAGAGCCCAGUAAUGUUGGUAACAGACUAUCAUGGUGUUGGUACACUCUGUAAUUUUUUUCACUUGUAAAAUAAAUGUAUUUGAUGUUUAUUCUUCUAUGCUCUCUGCACACAUCACAGCUUCCUAGUGUUGCCGUUAUGAAGCGCUGAGUUUUAAAUAAUAUCAGUGAUGCUGUUCACAUAGAGUCCUAACAGCAGGCUUGUGCAUCUCCAGCUCAGAGGUGAAAAGUUCCUGUCUGCAAAGAAGGAUCUGCCAAGUAUAGAUCCUUAUAGACCCGCACAGAUGCUUGCUUACUUUGAUUAUAUGGGGAUUAUUUGAGGAAUAAGCUACAGUAAAAUAGCCGAACUGGGGAAGAGUAUUCCCUAGAAACCACCUGCAUUACCUAAUUUUAACUCUGCCUAUGAUAAGGUAAUACAGAGUGACUUCUCUGCAAUUCCUUGAGAUAUUUAGAAUUCUGCGAGUAGAAUCAUAGAAUCAAUCAUUUUGGGUUGGAAGGGUCACAAUUCUUUUUGAAAAGGCUAGUCUGAUGUGUAUGAUGAUGUGAAUUCACUAAGAUUGAUCAUCCGAAAAUAAAUUCCAAGCCAAUCUGCUUUCUGUACAAUGUAACUAGAAACAGAAGUUAGUUUUAUCGUUGUGUUAUAUACUAUUUAACUAAUGGAAAAAUGGAAUUUUGAAUAAUUUUUUUUCUUCUUUUCUCAAUUCCUACCUUUUAUCAUUGUUCUUCUCCUUCAUCUUCUCUCUGCCUUGACAUUGGGGAUAAAAAAAUGUGACUUUCUAGACACUGUAAUGUACUUUAGAGCAUGAAGUUAAUACAUUUCAAACAGCUGAAGACUUUUUGUUAGGAAGCAUAUAAAGAAUUUGCUGUUUAUUUAAUUGCCAGUGUUUUUGCUGUUUGCUGUGUCCUUUUGUUUUAAUGAGUAAACCAAAGAAUAUUUGCACUCUGAACUUUU